AUGGCGCAGGAUAAGCUGGGCCCCUGCGCCGGGCAGUCCGCAGCCGAGUGGAGCCGGGCUCGCCGCGCCGCCACCCACCAGCCGCUCAGCCGGUGCAGCCCGUGCAGCCCGAGCGCCGCCGGGGCGCGAGGAGCCGACAGCAGGCACCGAGCGCACGAGCGAGCGGCGCGUUCGCCGCGGAGCCGGCACCUGGAGGACAUGGAGCAGGACAAGGGGUCCAUUCCCAACCACUCUGGCCAUGACACAGAUGAGGUCACCCAGGAGAGGCGAGCAGAAGCCAAUGCCAAUGUGGACAGCUCUGUGCCCCCCUCGGUGGCCCAGCUGGCGGGGCGGUUUAGGGAGCAGGCAGCUGCAGCCAAGGAGACACCAGCCAGUAAACCAACAAGAAGGAAACCGCCCUGCUCCCUCCCCCUGUUCCCCCCCAAGGUAGAGCUGGGCCAGAAUGGUGAGGAAAAAUCACCACCCAGUGCAAGCCACCCUCCUAAAAUCAAGGUGAAGAGCUCACCUCUGAUUGAAAAGCUUCAGGCCAAUUUAGCCUUUGAUCCAGCAGCCCUGCUGCCUGGAGCCUCACCCAAGAGCCCUGGACUUAAGGCGGCGGUGUCACCGAUUAACAGCCCACCUUCUACUCCUAGUAGCCCAGGCGUGCGAUCUCGGUCCAGCGAGCCCGAAGAGGUGCCUGUGAGCUUCGACCAGCCCCCUGAAGGCAGCCAUCUGCCCUGUUACAAUAAGGUGAGGACUCGGGGCUCAAUAAAAAGGCGCCCUCCGUCCAGGCGGUUCCGAAGGUCUCAGUCCGACUGUGGGGACCUUGGAGACUUCCGAGCCCCAGAAUCAGCUCAGGAGAAUGGAGCCAAAGAAGAGAAUGGAGACGAGGUGUUCACAUCCAAGAGCAAGACCCCAGAAACCCCUCCAUCCAGCGAGGGUGUGGUGGGAAAGGAAGUGAGGAGAAGCCUGGGGUCAGAUGAAAAGGGUCUCCUGAGGAGGACAUCCAGCCGGACAGAGAAGCCUGAGGAGACAGGCAAGGCCACAGAGGAAGCCAAGCCAGGGGAGAAGGCUGAGGAGCACCCGAGCCCAGCCCAAGGGGAGGUCAUGGAACCCCUCCAGUCCUCUAGCCCAAAGGCAGAGAAUGGAUGUGGGAGCCCCAUGGAGGAAACCACUGCUGGAGAGGAUGCAGCAGCAGAAAAGUCUGCAGAGGUGAAGGAGGAGAGGGCACGAAAUGAAAAGGAUACACCUGCACAAAAGAGCCAAGACACAAAGAAGCUGGAGGAGAGAGCUGGGGGACAGGAGGCCCCUCCAAAUCCUACUGGAGAAGAGGAGGAGGGCAACCCCUCAGAGAAGCAGAAAAACAAGGAAAAGCAAGAGAAAAGGGGCGGAGUUCUCCAGACAGGAGGCCCCCCUGGGACUGAGCCAGGCCCACCUGAGACCAGCGGCGAGGCCCUGAGUGGAGAAGCCGUGCCCGAGGCCGAGGAUGACACCCUUGUCCAGGACACUAAGAUGUGA